AUUUGGACACUUGUCGUCUGGGAUUUUCACAUUAUCCACGGCGGUAUGUAUUUUUGCCCAGACGGGAGAUAUGUGAGCACAAAAAAGUAUAAUUCAACUUGAAAGAUAUUCUCAUUUUAUACAUUUUAUAUAUAUAUAUCUAUAUAUAUAAAUAAUGUUGAUCUCAGUGUUAUAUCGACGAUGAAAUUUUUUCAAAUACAACAUUUGAUUUCAAAAAGGAAAAAAAAUCCCAGUGUCAGAGAAUAAAUAAUAAAUAAAAAAGUGAUGUAUCUUUGUCCUAAUUUUUCGGAUAGUUGGGUGUUCGGUAAUUUAUUAUUCAAAGUGGUGUUGUAAAUUAUUUAAAAAAAAAGGAUCCGAUUGUAAAAAGAAUAUUUUGGUUUAUAUGAAAACGAACAGAGGAGUUGAAAAGAAAUGAUCCAGAUUUGUGUUGUGAUUUAAUUUUUCAAAAGAAAACAGGAAAGUGAAAUUUUUUAUUUGGGAGAAAAAAAUGGGUUUUUCUACGAGUUUACAGGGUCAGGCCUCACAUGAGGCACUUUUGGGUCGUCAGGAAGCUGAAAUUAAACUCCUGGAGACGAUGCGCCGGUGUCUCGCCACUAAAGUUAAAUCUGAUCGCGAAUAUGCUUCGACUAUUUCUUCCUUGACUGUUCAGGGGAGAAAAAUCGAACGUACCGAGGAACUUAUUGGAAGUAUGAUUGCUCAGGGUUGGCGAGAGAUUAUGGAUUCUAUAGAUCAGACGGCAAAACUCAUAAAACAUCAGGCCGACUCAAUGGAAACUAAUGUUGUCGAACAUAUCAGCUUUCUCUAUUCGGAGCGUAGACGUGCGAGGAAAUUGUAUCAAGAGGAGCAGACCUGGUUAAAUAAUCAAUUUCAACAAUUAACAGACGAUGUGGCUAGAAAAAAGGCGGAUUACCAAAAGAGUUUAGAAUCGUAUAAAUUAAUGAGAUCCCGUUUCGAAGAGCAUUACGUAAAGUCUGGAAGGGGAGGAAGAAAAUUGGACGAAGUGAGGGAAAAAUAUCAAAAAGCCUGUAGAAAAUUGCAUCUAACGCAUAAUGAAUACGUUUUACUUCUUGGCGCCGUCACCGAAUGUGAAAAUGAUUUAAGAACUUGCUAUUUACCGAGUCUACUUAAUCGGCAACAAACAAUUCAUCAGGACUUUAUUUCUUCCUGGAAAAUCAUUAUGCAAGAUGUGGUCAAGUAUUCAGAUUUUACGACAGAUAAAUUUUUAGAGAUUCACACUCGCAUGAGGAAAGCAAUUGAUACUAUAAAACCAAUUGAAGAAUAUAAGGAUUUUGUGGGAAAACAUAGAACGAGGCCAGCAUCGCCAAUAAGAUUUACAUUUGAUGAAAAUCUCGUGGAAGAUACGUCGGGAAAAUUAUUGCCAAAUAAAUUGACUGUCGAUAAUUUAACGAUAGACUGGUUACGAAAUCGCUUGUCAGAAUUGGAAGUUUCUUUAAAAACAACGCAGCACAGUCGACAGACUUCACAAUCGUUGGAUAACAAUUGUGAUUCAAAAACGCCACUGCUUGAUUAUUCGCAAGAAAGAGAAGAGCUGAAAAUUCGUUGUCAGGAAAAAAAAUUACAGAGACAGGCCGAAGUGAUAAGAAGUGCUCUCAAUGAACUAGGAUGCGAAGAAUUACCUUCAGGUUGCGAUCUUUCUGUCGAGGGAUCUUUCACGGAAACACCCACAAUAAGCAAGGUGCCACUGCGUGGAAUUACAAAUUCAUCGAAUAAUCAAAAAGGAAGUGGAAAUUCUGGUUUGAUGGAGGAAGAAUGGUUUCACGGUGUUCUACCGAGAGAAGAAGUCGUGAGACUUUUGGUAAAUAAAGGCGAUUUUCUAGUGAGAGAAACAACAAGAAAUGACGAAUGUCAAAUUGCUUUAUCCGUCUGUUGGGAUGGACAUAAACAUUUUAUCGUUCAAACAACACCAGAGGGACAUUAUCGUUUCGAAGGACCGAUGUUUCCCUCAAUUCAAGAAUUGAUAAUGCAUCAAUUAAAAUCUGGUUUGCCAGUAACUAGUCGAUCGGGAGCAAUUCUCAAAACUCCGAUUCUUCGCGAACGAUGGGAACUGAACAAUGAUGACGUUAUUCUUUUAGAAAAAAUUGGACGUGGUAAUUUUGGAGAUGUUUAUAAGGCACAGUUAAAAUCGUGUAAGACUGAAGUAGCUGUUAAAACAUGCAAAGUGACAUUACCGGAUGAGCAGAAGAAGAAAUUUCUACAGGAGGGCAGAAUUUUAAAGCAAUACGAUCAUCCGAAUAUUGUCAAAUUAAUUGGAAUUUGUGUGCAAAAACAGCCUAUUAUGAUUGUUAUGGAAUUAGUUCCAGGCGGCUCUCUUCUUACAUAUCUUAAAAAUAAUAAAAGUACCAUCGCUCAGAAAGAGCAGCUUCGAAUGUGUAAAGACGCAGCGGCGGGAAUGCGUUAUUUAGAAUCAAAAUCUUGUAUACACAGGGACUUGGCUGCAAGAAAUUGUCUCGUUGGAUACGAGACAAUUGUAAAAAUAUCCGAUUUCGGAAUGUCUCGAGAAGAAGAAGAAUAUAUUGUCUCGGAUGGAAUGAAACAAAUUCCAAUUAAAUGGACAGCGCCAGAGGCUCUUAAUUUUGGAAAAUAUACUUCACUUUGUGAUGUUUGGAGUUACGGUGUUUUAAUGUGGGAGAUAUUUUCGAAAGGCGGAAGUCCUUAUCAUGGAAUGUCAAAUUCUCAAGCCCGUGAACAAAUUGACAAAGGUUAUCGAAUGCCAGCACCGGAAGGAACACCCGACGAGGUUUAUCGAUUAAUGUCACGUUGCUGGGAAUAUGAUCCCGAAAAUAGACCACAUUUCGAUCAAAUUUAUUCAAUUGUCGAGACUUUAUCACAAGCUUAUUUAUAAAAAAACAAAAGUUUAUGCAAAAAAAAAAGAAAA